AUGGUUCUUCAGCAGUAUGAUUAUAUCUUUGCUAUUGGCACGAUAUUUGCAUUCCUCGAUGCCUGGAACAUCGGCGCCAAUGAUUGCGCCAACUCCUGGUCGACGUCUGUUUCGUCGCGUUCGCUAAAGCACUGGCAGGCCAUGAUCCUCGGAUCUAUCCUGGAGUUUGCUGGAGCUGUUGGUGUAGGAAGCAGUGUUGCCGAUACUAUCCGUACCAAGAUCGUCACGAUCGAUGCGUUCGCCGACAACGCCCCCUCCCUCAUGCUUGGAAUGUGUUGCGCUGUGGUUGCCUCCUCUAUAUAUCUUACCAUCUGUACCAAGAUUGGUCUUCCUGUUUCAACAACCCACUCCAUUCUCGGUGGUGUUCUUGGAAUGGGUAUUGCACUUAUCGGUUCUGAUGAUAUUAUCUGGUGGGGAGGUGAUAUUAACUCUGGUGUUGUGCAGGUGUUCCUUGCCUGGGUUAUUGCACCUCUCUUAUCUGGUGUUGCUGGUGCGAUUAUCUUUUUGAUCACCAAGUAUGGUAUCCUACUACGGAAGGAUCCCGCCCUCAAGGCGUUGUACACCAUUCCAUUCUACUUCUUCUUGACUACCGGCCUCCUUACCAUGCUUAUUGUCUGGAAGGGUGGUAGCAGCAGGAUUGACCUUGAAGGGCCUGAGAUAGCUGGAACUGUUAUUGGUGUUGCCGUUGGGAUGGCUCUUAUCUCUGCCGUCUUCCUUUGCCCCUGGAUCUACCGCAGGGUCAUCAGGGGUGACUGGCAACUCAAGCCUUGGGAUCUGAUCUACGGCCCUCUUCUCCUCAGCCGUGGUGAAGUCCCUCCUCGUCCUGCCCAUGUUGACACCGUCCGUAACUUCUAUCGGGGCCACAAGACCCUAGAGGAACUGGAAGCCGAGCGCUCCACUGAUGUCGAACAAAGCCACAGCAACAGCAACAGUGAACCUGACUCUCCUGAUCUCAAGGCAGAGCAUCAGGUCACUGCCAACUCGGAUAGCGAGACAAAAUCCGUGGAUCCUGAUGUCAUUAACGUUUGUGGUCCUCGUCCCGAGGGAGCAUGGUAUAAUCGUGCAGUCCUGUUCUGGAUGCUGAAGAAGGGCUUGUUCCACGGUGUCGAGCAAGACAUUGUUAGCGACCAGAAGGGCGAGAGUAGACUCGCCGGCGAUCUCGAGAAGACCCAUGCCCAUGCUGAACACUAUGAUAACGAAGCGGAGUACAUGUUUUCUUUCCUCCAGAUUUUGACAGCCUGUACUGCUUCUUUCACCCAUGGUGCGAACGAUGUUGCAAAUGCUGUCGGCCCCUACGCUACCAUCUACGCUAUUUGGAGAACCGGUGCCCUUGAAGGCGCUAAGACCGAGGUCCCAAUCUGGAUCCUUGUCUUCGGUGGUGUCUCUAUCGCCAUCGGAAUUUGGACAUACGGCUAUCACAUCAUGCGCAACCUGGGUAACCGUCUUACCCUGCACUCUCCCUCUCGUGGGUUCGCUAUGGAGCUGGGUGCCGCCAUUGCUGUCAUUAUUGCCACCAGGCUGAAGCUCCCCGUCUCCACCACCCAGUGUAUUACUGGUGCUACCGUCGGCGUUGGACUUUGCAACGGCACCUGGCGAACGAUCAACUGGCGAAUGGUGGCCUGGAUCUAUAUGGGUUGGAUCAUCACGCUUCCCGGCGCCGGUAUCAUCGCCGGUUGUCUGACUGGAAUCAUCGUGAACGCGCCUCGCUGGGGUAUGCCUAACUGA